ACGCUUGCGGCACUGUUCGUGCCAACCGGACUGGACUCCCAAAGAAUGAGAGGCUUAGAAAAAACACCUCAAUGGAAAAGCACGAGUUCAGGGUAGCUCAGAAGGACGACCUCACGUUCUGUAUUUGGCAAGACACAAAAACCGUCAUGGUGCUCUCCAACCAUCACGAUCCAACUCAGACAGGGACAGUGAAUCGAAAAAAAGACGGAGCCAGCCACGUCCCGGUGGAAGUGCCAGCUUCCCUCGCAGUCUACCAGAAGCACAUGAAAGGCGUCGAUCUGCUUGAUCAAAUGAUUGGCUAUUAUGGAUUCAAGCAUCGAUCAAAGAAGUGGUGGAGGAGGGUGUUUUUCUUUUUCUUGGCUAUGUCCUGCCACAAUGCCUACAUUGCUGCAAGGUCUGUUGGAGGAACAGCCUUCAGACACAAGUACAGAGGCUACAAACCCUGGCUGGAGGACCUGGCUGAGCAGCUCAUCACACCGCACAGGACCAGGGCUGUUAAUGUGACUCCUCCAUCUUCUCUUCCUGCCUCACCAUCUCCUAGUCUUCCUCCCUCUCCAGCUCCAUCUGCAGGUAGCAGAGUAGACACACCUCCUCCACAACAUGACUUUGGAAAAGUCUAUGACAAGCGCAAACAGUGUAGGGAGUGUUUGCUUGUCUCGGACACUGAAAAAGUAGGUGGGCCAACUGUGUAUGGUUGUAAACAGUGCAGCCUGCCACUGCACAUUGAGUGCUUCGGCAAGCACUAUCGUCGUUACAUGUGAAUCAGACUGUUUAAGUCAUCAGUAUGUUCUGUUCUUGUUCUUAACAGUUCAUCAAGUCACUGACACAAGUUGAUAUUACUUAUUUAUUAUUUUUUUCUUACUAUUUUUGAUUGAAAAUAUUAAUGUUCACUUUACUUUUACAUUGUUUAUUUUUGUGAAGGAGUAUCUAAAUAAACUCAAUUUCACAGGAAAGCCACAGGUGUAAGCUUUCAAAUACUUUUUGAAUUUUGUUUCUAUCUGCUACAGAAGCUGAGAUAUCAAUAAUU